AUGUUCGUUAUCUCAUCUUGCAAGAGUUCCAUUCGCAUAAUAAGCUCGACUAGACCUUACUCGUCACGAUUUAGGAGCUUAGGGAAGGGAUUAGCCUAUUUUUUAUUACACCACUCUCCAAAAGAUUUAGCUAGCUUCCUAUCUUCUAUAUUAGAAAUCUUCUUAUACUCUAUUACUUAA